AUGGACUCAGAAGGUAGAACGGGGAAGGUCCAUUGUCCUUCUGUGAACGGAGUGGGCAUGAUCGGGGUGGAGGAAACAGCAUGGAGUUCGUCCCGCCAUCUACUUCCGGUUCUUUGGCCUUAUCGCAGACAUGAGGAGUCUGGUGAGUGUCGGGGUGCUGCUGGUGUGGUGCUGCUGUCGGUGCUGAGUGCUGCGGUGGGGAUGUACGUUCGUUCUCACGCACAGUGUCGUCGGGACUGCCUGCUGUACGGGGUGGGCGGCGCGGGGUGUGACUGCACGGAGCAGGGGCUCGUCAAGCGCCAGAGUAACUUCCCCUUCCGGUACGGCAAGCGCGCCGCCAGGACACGAAAGGCCAAGGAACCAUUCCGCUACGGCAAGCGUUUUGCACCUGACGAGGUGGAUCUGGACCUUCGCGACAGUGCCUACGAUUACCUGCCCCUGGACUACGGGGAGGAGGACGUUUGAUGACGUCAUUCGUGCCGUUCCACACCGUUGCGCCUCAGCCCAAGUGAUGCCAUUGUGGUGUGAAUGAACUUUAAUAAAGGGAGACAGGCCUGAACAGAGA